AUGUCCACACCAAGCAGAUUCAAAAAGGACAAAGAGAUUAUAGCGGAGUAUGAAAGUCAAGUGAAAGAGAUUCGCGCUCAACUGAUAGAGCAGCAGAAAUGUCUGGAGCAGCAAACUGAAAUGAGGGUGCAGCUUCUUCAGGACCUUCAGGAUUUUUUCCGCAAGAAAGCAGAAAUAGAGACGGAAUAUUCCCGCAAUCUAGAAAAAUUAGCAGAAAGGUUCAUGGCAAAAACAAGAAGUACAAAGGACCAUCAACAGUACAAGAAAGACCAGAAUCUCUUAUCUCCAGUGAAUUGUUGGUACUUACUCCUAAACCAAGUGAGAAGAGAAAGCAAAGACCAUGCAACUUUGAGCGAUAUCUAUCUGAACAACGUUAUCAUGCGCUUCAUGCAGAUAAGUGAGGAUUCCACCAGGAUGUUCAAAAAGAGCAAAGAGAUUGCAUUCCAGCUUCAUGAAGAUUUGAUGAAAGUUCUAAAUGAGCUUUAUACGGUCAUGAAAACAUACCAUAUGUAUCAUGCAGAGAGCAUCAGUGCAGAAAGCAAGCUGAAGGAAGCAGAGAAGCAAGAAGAAAGACAGAUUGGGAGGUCAGGAGACCCUGUCUUUCAUAUUCGACUAGAGGAGAGGCACCAGAGGAGGAGUUCUGUGAAGAAGAUUGAGAAAAUGAAGGAAAAACGUCAAGCAAAAUACUCUGAAAAUAAGCUGAAAUCUAUUAAAGCCCGAAAUGAGUACCUACUAACCCUUGAAGCAACCAACGCUUCUGUUUUCAAGUAUUAUAUUCAUGACCUUUCAGAUUUAAUUGAUUGUUCCGAUCUUGGAUACCAUGCAAGUCUGAACAGAGCCCUAAGAACAUAUCUCUCUGCGGAAUAUAACCUUGAAACCUCUAGACAUGAGGGCCUAGACAUCAUUGAGAAUGCUGUUGACAGCUUGGAGCCACGAAGUGACAAGCAGAGAUUCAUGGAGAUGUACCCCACUGCCUUUUGUCCGCCAAUGAAAUUUGAGUUCCAGUCUCAUAUGGGUGAUGAGGUUUGUCAGGUCAGUGCCCAGCAACCGGUACAAGCAGAGCUUAUGCUCAGGUAUCAACAGCUACAGUCACGACUGGCCACACUCAAAAUUGAAAAUGAAGAGGUUAAGAAAACGACAGAAGCUACUUUGCAGACAAUACAAGACAUGGUCACCAUUGAGGACUAUGACGUGUCAGAAUGUUUCCAGCACAGUCGUUCUACAGAGUCUGUGAAGUCAACAGUCUCUGAGACGUACAUGAGUAAGCCCAGCAUUGCAAAAAGAAGAGCUAACCAGCAGGAGACUGAGCAGUUCUAUUUCAUGAAAUUCAGAGAAUUCCUGGAAGGGAGUAAUCUCAUCACAAAGCUGCAAGCAAAACAUGACUUACUGCACAGGACACUUGGAGAAGGUCACAGAGCUGAAUACAUGACCACAAGCCGAGGACGAAGGAACUCUCACACCAGACACCAGGAUUCAGGACAAGUCAUUCCCCUCAUAGUGGAAAGCUGUAUCAGAUUUAUCAACUUAUAUGGUCUUCAGCAUCAGGGAAUUUUCAGAGUGUCUGGUUCCCAGGUGGAAGUCAAUGAUAUUAAAAAUUCAUUUGAGAGAGGUGAAAAUCCUUUGGCAGAUGACCAAAGUAACCAUGACAUUAACUCAGUUGCUGGAGUACUGAAGCUCUAUUUCCGAGGGCUGGAAAAUCCUGUCUUUCCUAAGGAAAGAUUUAAUGAUCUUAUUUCCUGUGUCAGAAUAGAUAAUCUCUAUGAGAGGGCUCUUCACAUCCGCAAACUCCUCCUGACUUUACCCAGGUCUGUCCUUAUAGUGAUGAGAUACCUAUUUGCCUUCCUUAACCACCUUUCUCAGUACAGUGAUGAGAACAUGAUGGAUCCUUAUAACUUGGCCAUAUGUUUUGGCCCAACACUGAUGCCUGUUCCAGACAUACAAGACCAGGUGUCAUGUCAAGCUCAUGUGAAUGAAAUAAUCAAAACGAUCAUCAUCCAUCAUGAGGCUAUUUUCCCAGAUGCUAAAGAGCUAGAUGGCCCUGUUUAUGAAAAAUGUAUGGCUGGAGAUGACUACUGUGAUAGCCCUUAUAGUGAACAUGGUACACUAGAGGAAGUGGACCAGGAUGCCAGUACAGAGCCCCACACCAGUGAAGAUGAAGGUGAGCCUAUAGAAGCGAUAGCCAAGUUUGACUACAUUGGAAGAUCUGCACGAGAACUCUCCUUCAAAAAAGGAGCCUCCCUGCUUUUAUAUCAUCGAGCAUCUGAAGACUGGUGGGAAGGAAGGCAUAAUGGAAUUGAUGGCCUAGUACCUCACCAAUAUAUAGUGGUGCAGGAUAUGGAUGAUACCUUCUCAGAUACGUUGAGCCAAAAAGCAGACAGUGAAGCCAGCAGUGGGCCAAUAACUGAGGACAAGUCCUCAUCCAAGGAUAUGAACUCCCCAACUGAUCGUCAUCCUGACAUAUAUUUAGGAAGGCAAAGAAAGAGAUCAGAACCACCUCCUCUAAGACGCCCAGGCAGGACCAGUGAUGGCCAUUGCCCAGUACAUCCACCACACACACUCACCAACUCAUCAGUGGAGCUAGGUUCCCCCAACAUGGCAAGUCAUUGCAGUCCUCGAGCCCUUCUUCACAAUCGCAACCUCAACGCAGACAGCCCCGAAAGACGACGUAGACCUGGGCAUGGCAGCCUCACCAACAUUAGUAGGCAUGAUUCACUAAAGAAGACUGAUAGUCCUCCAAUUAGAAGAUCUACAUCAUCUGGUCAAUACCCAGGUUUCAAUGACCAUAAGCCACUGGACCCAGAGUCAAUAGCUCAGGAUAUUGAAGAGACAAUGAACACCGCUCUGAAUGAACUCCGUGAGUUGGAACGUCAGAGCUCUGCGAAACACGCCCCCGACGUGGUGCUGGAUACAUUGGAACAAAUGAAAAACUCACCCAGCCUGGCCACCUCCACAGAAUCACUAAGCCCUCUCCAUAGUGUAGUGCUAAGGAGCACUGAGCCUCAGAUUCGACGUAGCACUAGUUCUUCCAGUGAUACCAUGAGUACUUUCAAGCCCAUGGUGGCCCCCAGAAUGGGAGUGCAGCUAAAACCCCCAGCUCUGAGGCCAAAACCCAUUGUUCUUCCAAAAACAAAUCCUACCAUAGGACCUUCCCCUCCUUCCCAAGGUCCAACAGACAAAUCUUGCACAAUGUAA